CUAAAUCGUGGAGUUUAUGGGGCUUCCCUUCACCCACCUGAAACCCAGGCAUUCAAUUCUCCAGCUUUCGCAGAGCUCAGUAAUGGUGAUGAAGAAGCUCCCACCGAUUCUAAGAAAGCUUCAAACUCCGCCGCCGGCACCGCCGUCUCCAUUGCCGGACGCAAUUUUACCCUCUCCGCCUCAAGCCCUUCCCGCCCCUCUUCCCAAUCUCACUCUUUCUUCCCCCCACCAUUACACUCAACUCCUCCAUUUCCUCAAAACCCACCUUUCCCUCCCCUUCACCCCCAAUAAUCUCCUCCAUUUCCUCAAAUCCAAGCUCCAUUUCCACCCCAAAUUCUCCCACUACGAUUUCCACAUCUUCAAUUGGGCCUCCACCAUCGACUCCUUCCGCCAUGAUCACUUUACCUUCGCAUGGAUGGCUAGAACCCUCGCCACCACCGAUCGAUUUCCCGACCUCAAGUCUCUCCUCCAGUUCUUGGCCUCCUCUCCAUGCCCCUGCUCCGACGGUAUUUUCUCUUGCCCUCAAACGGAAUCCAUUUUUCAAUUUUCCAUUAGUGCGUUCUGUAGAGCUGGGAAAUUUGAUGAGGCUGUUGUCGCUUUUGAGUCCAUGCGGAGACUGAUUGAUGGGAGGCCUAGCGUUGUUGUUUAUAAUGUUUUGAUUAAUGGGUUUGUGAAGUCUGGAAGAUUUGAUAGGGCUCUAGGGUUUUAUGAUAGGAUGCUUAGCGAUAGGGUUAAGCCUGAUGUGUAUACUUUUAACAUUUUGAUUAGUGGGUAUUGUCGCAAUUCACAGUUUGCGCUGGCUCUAGAAUUGUUCAAGGAGAUGAGGGAAAAGGGUUGUAGCCCAAAUGUGGUAAGUUUCAAUACUCUGAUUAAAGGGUUCUUCAGGGAGGGAAAGUUUGAGGAUGGGAUUGCCAUGGCUUGCGAGAUGAUACAACUGGGAUGCAAAUUCUCUAGUGUCACUUGUGAAAUUGUAGUGGAUGGGCUCUGUAGGGAAGGCAGGGUUCUUGAGGCGAGUGAAAUUUUGAUUGAUUUUUCGAGGAAGCGAGCAUUGCCUGAAGACUACGAUUAUUUUGGUGUUAUUGAGAAUCUUUGUGGGGGAGGAAAUGCAGGCAAAGCUCUAGAAGUUGUGGAUGAGCUGUGGAGGGGAGGAAACGUUCCCAGCAUCAUUGCUUCGACCACUUUGGUCGAAGGGUUGAGGAAAGUAGGGAGAGCGAAUGAAGCAUUGACUGUAACAGAGAAGAUGCUUAAAGAAGGUAUGGUUCCUGACAGUGUGACAUUUAACUCUCUUCUCCAAGAUCUGUGCAAUGUGAAGAAAACAGAGGAAGCUAAUAGGUUGAGAUUGUUGGCUUCAAGCAAGGGGUUUGAACCAGACACCAAAACAUACUACAUUUUACUUUCUGGCUACACCAUGGAAGGCAACAAGGUGGAAGGGGAAAGGCUUGUGGAUGAGAUGUUGGACAAGGAGUUCAUACCUGAUAUUGCAACAUUUAACAGGUUGAUGGAUCAGUUGUCGAAUACAUGUAAGAAAAGAUUUACACGGUCUCAAAAUCGUUAUCCAUUGAGUUCGAAGUUGUUAGCAGAAUGAUCAAACAAACAUUAACUGAGGCAACUGCUUCUCUAAUUCUAUGGAUGAUUGCUGAUAACACAGAUGGUUUUCCAAGUUUUGGUGAUCAUAUGAUUUACUAUAAAGGAGGUGAUGAUAAUUAUAGAAACUCAUUGAGAUUGUAGAACCUGUAUUGAUAUAUGCUUGAGCUUGACAUCUUCAUUAUGAAAAAGUUGGGUCUAGAAUGUUUCUCUAUUGAUUGCCAGAAUUUAUGGUGGGGUUUUGUUAGGGUUUGAAAGAAUGGCAGCACAGCUACCUAGAGAUUCAUGCAAGAAGAGUUUUCUGAUACAUUGAUCAUUGAUGCUGUGUAAAGCCUUGUUACAGACCACUUCUUUCUUUAGUUUGAAGGAGAUACAAGACUGCUACCAUCUAAUCAAAGUUAUGAAUAUAGCGACGACACAUACGAGAACAAUACAAUGGCGACUAUUCGCCACUCAUUCCAUGAAGGAACAUAUUAGUGUUGUAAAGAUUCAUGUGGAUUAUGAUAUGCAGAGCAUAUGAGUUCACUAUGACCAAGUUCUACAUCAAAGUGAAAGAUCAGUUCAUUCAUAUUUCUUUAUUGUU